GUCCGAUCGAGUCAAAGUACGGACGGAGCACAGGCAGCUGAAACCACAAAUCACCUGACCGGCACGCUUAAAGCAGCCACUAAAAUCACCAAACCAAUCAACCUGAACCAACCAUCCACCCAUCCAGAUCAGAUUCCAGCUUCCAACUCCACCUCCAUCACAACUCCCAUGAUCAUCACAUAUCUACCAUACUUAGUACUAUCUACUCCCGAACAAUAGACCCCUACACCCACAUCCUACACAUAUACCCCCUACUCCCUACCACCACCACCACCAAAAAACUCUCCUUUCCCUCCAUGCCACUCAGCGAAUACUCCACCUCCGGCGGAGGGGGAGGCAAACUCAAACUCAAAGGCAGCAAAGUCAACGACGGCCGAGUAGAAAAGAAGAAGAAGAAGAAGAGCAGCAAGAAAAACGCCGCGGCGGAGGAUCCGGAGCAUGCACAGCAGCAGCAGCAGACGACGACGACGCAAGAACAGGACCAGGAACAGGAACAGCAACAGCAAGAGCAACAGCAACAGCGGCAGGACGAGCGGCCAAGUGGCGACGAUCGCGAUGAUUCGUCCCCAGGGGUUUCUGGUGGUGGGAGUGCUGGCGCGGGCAAGACGGAGGCGGAGAGGAAGUAUGAGGAUAUGAAGCGGAGGAGGCUGCAAGAACGCCUGAAACGGGAAGGGGUCAAAACUCACAAGGAGCGAGUGGAGGAGCUGAACAAGUAUCUGAGUCGACUAAGCGAACACCACGAUAUGCCGAAGAUUGGACCGGGCUAAGGUCCUGG